AUGGGAAUCAAAGUUCAUAAACCUUUCUGCCUCAGCUUCAAGGGAGUACCUACAUCUCUGAAGAUUAUUUAUGAUAAUGUUUCUGGUGCUUUUGUGCUUCCCGAGUCUCUUAACAGAUUAAUCAGCCUGGUACGGACCAAAGUGGACGAAACGCUCCUCAACACAAUGAUCCGGUUUUAUGAUCCUCUUCUUCAUUUCUUUACUUAUAGGGACUUUCAGUUGGUUCCCACAUUAGAGGAAUUUUCCUCCAUACUAGGAUUACAUGUGCUUGAUCAGAUGCCCUACACUGGCGAAGAAGAGAUUCCUAAGUUAGAAGACGUUGCUGCUGCAUUGCAUUUGCCUCGAUCUAAAAUAAAGAAGUUUUGGGUGAAUAAAGGAGACUACACUAGUUUGCCUAUCGAGUUCUUGUAUAGUCAAGCUAAAAUCUUGAUUAAUGCUGCAAGUAUGGAUGCUCUUGAAAAAGUCCUCGCUCUCCUGAUCUAUGGGCAAGUCGUGUUUCCUCGUUACGACAAAAUUGUGGAUGUGAUUGCCACUAAGAUCUUCAUCAGCAAUAAUCUCGUUCCUACCUUAUUGGGUGACUUGUUGCAUUCCAUCCAUCAUCGAUCAUCUAAAGGAAAAGGUUUCGUUCUUGGAUGUGCACCUCUUCUACAUAAGUGGUUUAUUUCGCACUUACCCCGUUUCGUGAUAAAGAAUGAAGAAGGUGGGACUUGGGUUCAAAGAAUCAUGAGACUUUCAUACGAUGAUAUCAUUUGGAACCAAAAAGAGUUUGAAGGAACCCAUUUGUUUGAUAGUUGUGGAGAUUUCCCAAAUAUACCUCUUCUUAGUACCCGAUGA